AACGGAAUUGUUUGGGGAAUCCAUCACCUGCCACACUUCAUGGAGUCCGACAACAAAGGUUUCCAGCCCUGGCGAGACUACAUGGGACUUUCUGAUAUAAUCAGAGGGAUCGUGGGUCAGAAUACCGCCUCUGAGUCCUCCCUCCCCGUUUCCAACGCUCACCAUACGGAAUUUGACGGUCUUAGCCAUGCUAUGGUUUCUGUGCGCUUUAACGCAGUUCGCCAAAGCGGCCGUAGAGCUAUUAGUGCGCCAGAUCCCUGCUCCCGCGAGUGUGCACCAACGUGUUCCUUUGGUGCGGAUGAGCCAAAAGUAGUCGAUUUGAAAUUAAUACCAAUACCGACGGGCUCCGGGAGGCCAAAAGAUCGCAAGAAGACGAGUCGUUUCAAAACACCUGAGGUGCCGGCCUUGCCUCCCGAGCGAAUGUUCUGCAGCUUCUGCAAGCACAACGGGGAGUCCGAGCUGGUCUACGGAUCCCACCGGCUUAAGAACCAAGCAGGAGAUAUUACGUGUCCCUAUCUGCGGCAGUACGUGUGUCCUCUGUGUGGAGCCACGGGGGCAAAAGCUCACACCAAGCGCUUCUGCCCCAAAGUGGACAGCGCAUACAGCUCCGUGUACGCCAAGUCCAAACGCUGAACCAACAGGUAGAGGAAUGGAAGCAAGGAAGCAAUAAGCCACUACACAGAAGGCAGGAUCCUGUUUUCGUUUAGUGUGACUUUAGUUUUCCAUUUGUGUAUUUGUUUUUGCACCAGUGUGGUUUUGCUUUUGUGUGUUUUCAUUUGCAUGCUUUGGUUCAUUUGCUGUGUAGCUGAUUAGAGUUUCUUUGCAGCUGGUCUUGCCAGCCCAAAAUACCUCAGCUGUUUGGUGUUUGGAUUUGUAAGGUAUCUUCAAGAACGACUACCAAAUUUUAUGUUUGUGAGGUUUCAAAAAUAU